GAAUAAGAGAAGCUCGAGCUGGUGAGGGGUAUGACUAGGACUCCUGGAGUUGGAAGAUCUUCAGCUUCACCAUCUUUGGAGGACAAGGAAGAAAAUGAAAGUGAUGAGUCCCUUGUUAGUGCCAAGGACCCUGACAGGUCUUGUGCCGCACUGAGGCUCGGGAGAGGGGGCAGAGAGGAUGCGGGAGCCAGUGGGCGGGGCCUUGGGACCCACGUCAGAGCCGCGGGAACAGCGGAAAGCUGGGAGAUCAAACAAGUACGGUGUGUGGGAACACCAGGACCCUCUAACCUCAUCUCCGCCCAGGGGACCCCACCCUCAUCCUCUCAGGGGCGCGACACGCCCAGGGAACCGGGGCCUUAGACCGAUUUCCUCCUCGUCCUCGGCACGUGUAGGACGCGAACAGGAGCAGCUGGCACAUCCGGCGUCCUCCAACCCUGAUCCAAGCAUGCAAGGUCCGCCCUGCAGCCUCCCUGCCAGGCUCAGCCUGGACGACUUCAUCCCGGCCCACCUCCGGGCCCACGUAGGGCCAUCUUCUCGGGGCACCCGGGUGCCUGUGAUCCGGAAUGGUGGCUCCAACACCCUUAAUUUCCAGUUCCAUGACCCUGCGCCCAGGACUGUGUGUAAUGGCUACAUCCCUGCAACAAGAGAUGCUCCCCGACAUCCAGACCCUGCAUGGUACCAGACCUGGCCGGGCCCUGGGAGCCGGCCCUCUGCAAGCCCAAAGAUGCCCACCUCCCAGCAUGGCCAGAACUGGUCAGCCACGUGGACCAAGGACAGCAGACAUCGGGACAAGCGCUGGGUCAAGUACGAGGGGAUCGGGCCUGUGGAUGAGAGCGGCAUGCCCAUCGCCCCCCGAUCUAGUGUUGGCAGCCCCAGGGACUGGUAUCGGAGAAUGUUUCAGCAGAUUCACCGGAAAAUGCCAGACCUGCAGCUGGACUGGACCUUCCAGGACCCACCUAGAGUGAUCUCCUACGCAUCCUCUGCAGACCCCAGGCAUCCAGGACCCCAGCAAAGAGCUGCCCCCAGGUCUGGCAUGGCCGCGGCUUCCAGAGGGAGAAGCUGGGAUCGCUCCCAAGAGCUACCUGGAAGCACCUUCAACUAUACUCCUGGGGCAGGAUCCUUGGGACUCCGGCCCCCAAAUCAGGUGCUCAGACGCCAGGAGAAAGUGGACAAUGUCUGGACAGAAGAGUCCUGGAACCAGUUUCUGCAAGAACUAGAGACUGGGCAGAAGCCCAAGAAGCCGCUGGUGGAUGAUCCUGUUGAGAAGCCCUCCCAGCCCAUUGAGGUCCUGCUGGAGAGAGAGCUGGCCAACCUGAGCGCUGAGCUGGACAAGGACCUGCGGGCCAUUGAGACCCGCCUGCCGUCCCCCAAGAGCUCACAGGUGCCUCGACGGGCCACGGAGCAGCGGACCCCGGCCCGCCCCGCCCCAGCCUGGAGCUCCGGCUCCCCGCAUGCCCCUUACCUGGGGUCCUCCCGACCCUUGAGCCCCCACAGAAUGGCGGAUGGAGGAGGAAGCCCCUUCCUAGGCCGGAGAGAUUUUGUCUACCCGUCCUCAGCCCAAGCCCAGCCCAGCCCCUCCUCCCUGACGUGGCCUGCCCAAGUCUCCUCCGCAGACCCCAGGGCUCCUGAGCAAGGUGGCAGCCCAGCCAGGAAGGAAGAGAAGAAGAGGAAGGCUGCCCGGCUCAAGUUCGACUUCCAGGCACAGUCCCCCAAGGAGCUGACUCUGCAGAAGGGCGACAUCGUCUACAUCCAUAAGGAGGUGGACAAGAACUGGCUGGAGGGGGAGCACCAUGGCCGGAGGGGCAUCUUCCCUGCUAACCACGUGGAGGUGCUGCCAGCAGAUGAGGUCCCCAAGCCCAUCAAGCCGCCCACCUACCAGGUGGUGGAGUAUGGAGAAGCCGUGGCCCAGUACACCUUCAAGGGGGAGCUGGAGGUGGAGCUGUCCUUCCGCAAGGGGGAGCGCAUCUGCCUGAUCCGCAAGGUGAACGAGAACUGGUACGAGGGGCGCAUCACUGGCACGGGGCGCCAGGGCAUCUUCCCCGCCAGCUACGUGCAGGUGUGCCGUGAGCCCCGGCUCCGUGUCUGCGACGACGGCCCCCAGCUGCCCGCGUCUCCCCGCCUGGCCCCUGCUGCCCGCCUGGCCCGGCGUCCAGGCUCCCCCUCAGCCCCGCGCAGCCCAGCCGACCCGGCCGACAGGGGGGGCCGCGCCUCCCCGCGCCGCACCGGCUUCUCUGCGCCCAGCCAGGAGCCCAGGCCCCAGAGCCAGAGUCUCAGCACCUCUAGACCAGCUCUGUUGCACCCUCCAGGCCCCAGCCAUCCCUCGGAUACCUCCUUCCCCAACACUACACAGAUCCACUGGACCCCGUACCGGGCCAUGUACCAGUACAGACCACAGAAUGAGGAUGAGCUGGAGCUGCGUGCAGGGGACCGGGUGGACGUCAUGCAGCAGUGUGAUGAUGGCUGGUUUGUGGGUGUCUCCCGGAGGACCCAGAAGUUUGGGACAUUCCCUGGAAAUUAUGUCGCCCCGGUGUGAGUGAUCUCCAUGGCAACUUGGAGCCAGCCAGGGUGGAGUGGAGAGCAGUAACACAUGGCGGGGGAGGGCCUACAUCCUCCUCCCCCAAGACCCGCGCUGCCCGCAUCUGUGGAGACCCCAGCAGCCUCUGCUCCGAGCCCCUUCUGUGCCCCCUGGACUGAUUCCCACCCGCAGCUCACAGGCAUCUGACAGCCCCCGCCCCCAGUACAGAGGUCUGCUUUGAAGUGGAGGCCGUUUCCAGGCUUUAUGGAGACCAGACCCCCGGUCCCUUCGGCCCCUCCGCCGUGCGUGCUCUCUCACAGGGACCGGCUCCCAGCUUCACCCCGUGGGGUUCCUCUAACCAGGACCAGCCUCCUGACCUUCGAGAGACCAAAGGCCUCCUGGGCCUGGAGGGCUGCCCCGCCCUCCCGCUUGCCUGCUGUCCCUUUGCCUUCUGGCCUCCAGCUGAGGUUGGGAGCCGGUGGGGACGGGACAGAUGCAGCAUCUUCGUAGCCCCCAGGGCCUCCUCUUCCCAGAGGUCACCAAGCCUGUUCCACAGGGUUCCCAGGGGGCCCGCAUUGUUGUCCCCGCCCCCCCAGAUCUCCCCCAGCAUCCCCCGCUCCUUCUGGAAGAGAACGGAAAAUAAACCUGGGUACCGGCGGCGCCUGGCCUCUGAGUCCUCCUCCA